CACCCGAUUCACUUUCAAAGAGACAUAUUAUGCAAGGAGGCAACUCAGAAGAGGAAAGAAAAGAAGUCAGGAAUGGCCCUUACUCAGGGGCAAUUGUCAUUCAGGGAUGUGGCCAUAGAAUUCUCUCAGGAGGAGUGGAAAUGCCUGGACCCUGGGCAGAAAGCUUUAUACAAGGAUGUGAUGUUAGAGAACUACAGGAACCUGGUCUCCCUAGAUUUUUCACUUCUGGCCUGGGACGCGCUCGUCUUCGCAGUGGAAGCCUGGCGCACGUCCGGAGGUGCCGAGGAGCCAACCAGCCCAAACUUUGGGGGAAAUGACUUCCCUCUGCCCUCGCCCCUCGCUCUGCUACCAUUUCCUUCCGUUUCUGCUUCGCUUGGCGAUGCAAAACGCGCGAGGCUCACGGCAGAGGGCCGACGCCACGGGACUCUCCGGGCCGGGCCCGCCCCUCGGCCGCGCAGUGCGGCGCCGGACGCCCCGGCCGCUGUCCGGCGUUGGCCGCCUGAGCAGAGGCUGCCGCGGAGCUAAGACGCCCGCCGUUUCACCCAGCCAGCGGGCCCAGCCCGCGGAGGAGGGCGGCAUGCAGCUCCGCUUUGCCUGCCUCUCUGGG